AUGGGAUCUUCAAAGAAUUACCCCAUCUCUCUUCCUUCGAGGGUCAAUCCUCCUAUCCUGAGCCUGAUCCUCGACUACUGCCGGUUUCAUCAAGUACCAGGUCGUUCUAACAAGGAAAGAAAAUUGUUUGAUGAGAAGUUUGUUCGAAUGGACACUAAAAGGCUUUGUGAACUCACAUCUGCUGCUGACAGCCUGCAGCUGAAACCAUUAGUUGAUCUCACUAGUCGUGCUCUUGCACGGGUGAUUGAGGGGAAAACUCCCGAAGAGAUACGAAAAAUAUUCCAUCUUCCUGACGAUCUAACAGAGGAAGAAAAGUUGGAGCCUAUAAGAAACACCAUGGAUGAUCCGAGGAUUCGGCUUUUGAACAGAUUGUAUGCUAGGAAGAGGAAAGAGUUAAAGGAAAGAGAAAGAUCAAAGAAUGUUGAGGUUGAAGAGGAACGCUCAGAUAAUCGUUCUGUGGAUGACCUCUUAUCAUUCAUUAAUGGAGGCAAUGAUUCUAAGGGGACUAGAACUUCUAAUAAAAAUAAAAAGAAGAACCGGAAGAGGAAAGAUCAACAAACAACUGCUAAUUCUAACUGCACUAGUACUUCAAACAGCACCCCUUCUUCAACCAAUGUUGAAGAUAUGGACAAGAAGUUUGAUUCAAAUGAAUUUGAUUCUAUGUGUGGUAAUCCUUUAUUACGUGGCAAGGUUUCGACUAACAUUUGCAACAAAACAAAGUCGGUGCACUUUGAAGAUGAUGGGUUAGCUGCUGAGGAUGAGUUUGAUGAUUGUGAUUUAGAUGAUGAUAUUGACCCUGCAUUGAAAGAAGAAAUCGAUAGGGAAGUGGAAGACUUUGCUAGAAGGUUAAAUUCAGAUUGGCCGGAAAGAAUGCAAGAGAUCCUCUCUCUAGGUCAAGAGAGAAGCCCAUUACAGUUGACUGUCAAUGGAAAUGGUUCCUUCUUUAGGAGAGUUAGCAGUUUAGAUCAGCACCAGAAAUGA